CGUUAUUGCACAACAGAAACUCCACUCUAUGAAUGCACUGACUGCGGGAAAAGCUUCAGCCAAAGCUCAAAUCUCAUUCUGCAUCAGCGAAUCCACACAGGAGAGAAAACCUAUAAUUGUCCUGACUGCGGGAAGAGCUUCAACCAGAGUUCAAACCUUGUGGUGCACCAGAGAAUUCACACAAGAGAGAAACCCCAUACGUGCCCCGACUGUGGGAAAAGCUUCAUCCAGAGCUCAAACCUAACCACACAUCAGAGAACCCAUACGGGGGAGAAACAGUACAUGUGCCCGGACUGUGGGAAGAGGUGUAGCGAUCACUCAACUCUUGUUAAACAUCAACGGACCCAUACAGGAGAGAAACCAUAUCGAUGCCCAGACUGCGGAAGAGGAUUUAGUGACAGCUCAACCCGGAUCCGCCAUCAGAGAACCCAUGUGGGAGAAAGACCCUAUAAAUGCCUUGACUGUGGGAAAAGCUUCAGUCUUAAUUCAAACCUUAUUACCCAUCAGAGAAUCCAUACGGGGGAGAAACCCCAUAAAUGUGCGGAGUGUGGGAAAUGCUUCAAUCAGAUUGCACAUCUCAGUAAACAUCAGAGACUCCACAGAGGACAGUAAUUUGGAUUUGGGAAGAAGCUUCAUUCGGGGGCAAGCAGAUUUGAAGGCUUUUAUUGAUAGUGCUGAAACAUAUACCCGAAUACCAUAUUUUCAGAUAUACCAUAUGCCUCCCAAAUAAGACACACGCCUUGUGGUUGGGAAGACAAAAUUAACAAAAGAUUUUUCCGGAGUUAUUGCUGCAUAAAACAAGGAAAGAACCAAAUCUUCAGCUCAUUCACUCUCCUUUUUCUGCUUAAGCAGCAGCUGAAACCCUAGCUGCUGCUUAAUGCUGGUCUCCAUGGCCAGAUCUGCUAUUUUGAAACAAGCUAAAAACUCACAAGGCUGUGAAAUAGGAGAAGAGGACCUGGGUGUAGCUAAAAGACAGAAACAUGGCCAGAAGAAAAGUUAAUUUGACUGGUGGAACAUCAAAGCUAUUAAGAAGAAAACCUGAUUGUUAGCACCUGUGGAGUGAAGAACAAUGAGAAAUAAGAUCUUUACUAUUCAUGCCAUCCAGGAAGAGCACACACCAACUACAGAGCUUCCUCAGCCUGACGAAGGGUUUUUAAAUCUGAAAGCUUGCUAAUUUUUUUUUUCCAACUAUUUAAGUUAGUCUAAUAAAAGAUAUCAGAUUCACCCAAAGAACCUGGUCUGCCUGAGAAGUAAGAAGGCACUGAAUGAAAUAUAUUUAGACAGUUCAGAGCAAAACCAGGAUACAUUUGUUCUCCUGAUUUGAAGUCUGAUGUGAGAUGUUUUGCAACACCGCUUUUCAAGCUUUUGCCUUUUUUUUUUGUUCUCUCCAUUUUCAUGCACAACUCUUGGUCACAGACUUGAUUUCACAGAGCACAGGUCAAAUUCAUAGGGGACAUCACAUGAUAAAUCAGCAUCCCCCAGCACGGUCCUUUGUAUGUUAUUUUUACCCUUUCUUCACUCUUUCAAAUGAGAAUGUAAUGUUGCAUGGACAGUGGAAAAUUAUACAUGACCGUCAACACAAACACUAGUGGAUACUUGUAUGGAGGUUGAAGUCCGAAAUAGGUUAGAGGAGAAAUAGAAGUGGAAAUAGAGUUGAAGUGGAAAUGGAGGUUGAAGCAGAGGUUAGGGAAACUUCUCCCUAACCCUAACCCUUGGUUGAAGUGGAAAUAGGUUGGAAGUUGAAGUGGGUGGAAAUGGAGUUGGAAGUUCUUUCCUGAUGCUCGCAGUGACAGGAGAUACAGCCAUGACCCUGGGUAUGUGGGAGGUGGUGGGAUAGAAGGUGAGGAAUUGCAGGGUUUGCUUUUGAAAGCCAGGCAGCUGAGGCUAAUAACUAAUAGCUUGUUGCACUGGGGACAAGUGGAGACAGGAAUUAUCCUGUAAGCUUCAGGUGAAGCUCUUCCUGCAUUUUAGGAGGCCAUGGAUGAUGUCCCAAGGGUAUUGUCAAGGAAAUCUGGUUUCCUUCAAGGAAGAUGAGCAGAGGUAAGAAGGAAGCAGAAGCAGUUAACAGACCUCACCAGCCUUGAAGAAGGCCAGGCCCCAUUUUCAAAGCCAGAGGGAGAUGAAAAGCUUAACAGCCCAGGUAGUGACUCCCAGCUGUCUACUGCACUCUUCUGUGGAGUGCGUGAUAAUGGUAAUUGCUCUACGAAUCCUCCUGAAGGCUGCUUUAGGGUGAUCCAACUGGGGGCUAGCAUGAAAAAUAACCAUCACCCACAGUGAGCAAGUCCCACCUUUGGGCUCCUUUGCAAGUGGAAAUGUAGAUAUGAUGGGGAACCAAAACUACAAAGCAACCUGGCCUGUUAGCUCGAUUGGGGUUAAAACCUGGCCUGUUGCAGGAAUUCAGAGGGGGAUUUUCAGAAGCAGAGGGGAGAGUCCAAGGUCUGAGCCAUGCUUGACCUUGCCUUGCAAAAGGGGGUCUGCUCCGUUAGUGGGGUUGUGAGGCUGUGCUUCUUUCAACCUCUCUGCACCUCCAAAUAUAGCCCAAAGGAUUCAGGCCCUGCCUACAAAACAGGGAGCUUCUUCCUGGCUGUGGACAAACACCUCUGUAUCAGCUCCCAGGAUGAUGGUGUGGGGGGGAAACAGCGACUGCUGUCUUUAAUGGGUGAAUCUCAUCUGGUCUUUAUGCAGGUAAGUGCCAUUUAGCUGCCAGUUUUGGCACUAGGCUGUAUUUAGAUUCUGUUUCCACCUGUGGAGGAACAGCUGGCCAGGUGUGUGCUUAACUACUUGAGAAAGGGGUGGCAACUUCUCCCCCAUUUUGAUCCAAGGGUCUAGUGGUUAAGGCAUUUGCCUAGGAACUAGGAGGCUCUCUGAGCCUGGAGUUGGAAGAACCCAGCUAGAGUAGGUUGGGACAAGGCUGUGUACCCUCCACCCAGACAAGGGUUUACCAUCCAAAUCCCUCUAUGUCCUCUAGGGGCAGCCUCCUUGUCAAAUCAUAACAUUAAGGCAUGCCAGUCCAGUCCAGGUAGGAACCAUUUCCCCUCAUACCCCUCCCAAGUAUCCCUCCCAGUAUGGGGCUGUGUCUCCUGCCCUUCCCUCCCUCCCCUCAGUGAGGAGAAGGCAAAGUGCUACCUGCCACCCUGGGCUGGGGAGGGACCAUCAUCACCUUCAGAGAAUUAUCCCCAUGCUGAGGGUUUUAAAGCCCUUCUGUUGUAAAGGAACCAGCAAUGCAAAGAGAAAGGGUUUUGUUUAAAACAGCCUUAAAGGAAAGGAGAAAAAACCCCAUCCCAAAAUAAAUGUUUUCCUUGUAAGGCAAACCCCCACCCCCCAGCACCUAAUGACAUGAGUGGCCAAGGGUGAACUUCAAAGGGCUGCAACUGUGUUCAUUUAUGUUGCAUUUUUCCCGGUCUCUGGAAGCAAGGCCCUUCUCUGCAUCUUCAGAAGAGAUGGGUUUUUUGUUUUUUUCCAGGCCUGCUCACCCCUCAGCUGGUAAUCUUUUCAAAGGGCCCUUCCCCUUUGAGGCAGAGCCACAGAGACCACCUACCCUAAUCAGCCAUUCAUUUCUGCCUCAACCCCCUGCCAAAGAUGGGCUUUGUUGUAGACCAGGGGGGUUCACACCUUUGUGCAGAGGAGUCGUAAUGGAUGUGCGUGACUUGACAGUGAGUCACUGCUCCAGACUCAUUAUCAUUAGGGUACCGGCAUGUCUCGCCGUACAGCCAGCGACCCUGGGCCUGUUGCACUAAGUGCUACACACACACCAGCAAAGGUGUCCCUUGCCCCUAGUGAUCAGCACUAGAAUAGCUCUGACCACCUUUUUUUCUCUGCUUACCCCAAAUCCUCCCACCCGCACAGCUGAGUCCAGAGACAGGUUGGGGGAAAGGUGCCUACAGUGGAUGCUCAAUAUAGCCAUGGAGGGGCACAGGUAUUCAGGCUAGCAGCUGUUGUGAAGGCCGAUUUUCAUUUGAGGAGGCAUCUGUCACGGAGCAAAACUAACAGUGUGCAAUUCGGAUCACCAGGCAAAGAGUUUGGAAAUAAGGGUAACUCAAACCAACAGUUGGGACGAAGAGUUUGCAAGUGUCCCUGAUCACUUGUUAUUGUUGGGGUCUCAGCAGCCCAGGCCUUGAGAUGAUGUUAAUCCCCUCAGCCAAUGUUAGAAGAUGGGGGUCAUGGGGACCCAUUUAUCCUGUCACCAUUGGGACAGACCCCAGUUACCCAACUGGGAGUGUGGAAUAGUGAAGUGGAAAGUUUGGAUAGGGAUGAUCCUGGCUCAGGAAGGUUGAUCUACAUGUGCCCUAGGUGAGGGGAAGGAUGCGGAUGGGUCACAGGGCAGAAACAGGAUUGACUAGAAAGGGUAAGGGUGAAAAAUUUCUUAUCAGCAAUUCCUGCAACUCAGCUGGUCCAGUCCUCACUGCCUCCACGUCACCCCCUCCUCCUGGCUGCCUCUCUCCCUCCUGGGCAAGGGGGGUCUUUCCCUUUUAGAUGAGGACCAAAGAUGCUCAGAUUUUUCUUCAUUUGCACAUUUUGCUUUGGAGGGCAAAAUACAGUUUUAUGGGACAUAUUCCCUUGUGUUACAUGUAUGUUUUUCUGCUCUACCCUUCCUCCCUAAAAAAACCCCUUUACUGAUUUUCAUAAGAUUUUUUUAUUCGCGUGGUUUUCAGCAAAACAUUUUGUGAAGUUAAUUUUGCCUGGAAACACUUAUUUUUUUUCUUUGCAAAAGACACUUAAAAAAUAAUAAGAAGAAAGAAACAAUACAUAUGUAUAUGUAAGCAGUGUCCCCCAUUCUGGCUUUACAUCAGUAUUUUUUUAGAGGAAAGUCAGAAAAUAAAAUUAAAUUAAAAGCAAUUUAAAAAAAAGCUAUUAAAGCAUAUUUUAAAAUAUAACAAAUGUACAAGAAACAGUAGGCAUGCUUUGCACCCCUGCAGUCUAAAGUUUUGGGCAAAGCAGUUCCUUGAUAACAUGCCCUUGGCUGUUCCCCUUCCUGGGGUAUCCUGUGUCCUGAACGUAACGACUGAAGCCUUUAUGGAUCCCCCUCGAUGCCCACAAAUUUGUGUGUGUGAAUGAAAUGGAGAUGAUUUUUCCACAAAACACUCCUGACUUUAGCCAAAGCACGAACCAAAAGACACAGAGGAAACAUUUCCCAGAGACUGGAGAAGGCAGGAAAAGUCUGAUGGAGGGCUCAGAACAGAAAAGCAGCCUAGAAAGUCUCAAAAAAGCAGCAAAUCCUUACGAUGCUGUGAAAGAGGGCAACUUUCCCCUAAUCCCUGUAGGCCUUUCACAAGCUGCCUUUCCCCCAUCACUGCAGACCCGUGCCAAUGCCUCCCCCCCAGGCAACAGUUUUGGGUGCUUAGGUAAUGAGAAUGGCUGCAAUGGUCUGAUGGUUGUGGGGGGACAGAGGACAAUGAGAGGGGAGGGGAAGGGCCACUGCUAGGGGAUUAUGGAGCAAAAGUAGGCAUCAGAUCCUGUAGGGAUACAGAUGUUACAGGAGUCCAAGCAGUGCUGGGGGGGUUAAAAAGGAAAACGGGGUUUGGGGAGGUGGUGUGCAGAAAGGGGAUGUGGGCUCUAGGGCAGAGACAAUAGGCACUGAGCCUGCAGGUGCCUGGGGUUCCCUUGCCUUUACCCAGUAUGUCAGCCAGGGACACCUCUGCCACCAGUGUGCUCAGCACUGAGGAAAUCCCAUGCACAGCCAUGGGGCAGGAAGUCUAGAUCACUCCCUUAUCCAACAGGGGCUCUCACCAUGAGCAGUAAAAGGCAUGGGAUGGGGGUGGGGAAGAGCUAUUUUCUCUAUCAGAGAAUGCUUAAGGGCUGAUUGGGGGUUACAGUGGACAAUAACUUGAAUAGGAUUCAACAGUGUGCUAUAAAGAACAUUUUCACAGUAAGGGUUGCCAGAACCUGGAAUGGGCUUCCAAGGGAGGUGGUGCUCUCCCCUACCCUAGGGGGUCUUCAAGAGGAGACUGGACAAGCACCUAGCUAGGAUUGUGUGACCCCAGCAC